AUGAUUAAAAUAAAUGUAGGAGUGUAGUAAUUGGGGAUAAUUCAAUCUAUAGAAUUAUAUCCUUAUUAAAAAGGUACAAAUAUAUUGCAGUAAUUGUUUAAUAAAUUGAGUUUUAAUUUGGAUAUAAGAAAGAAUAUAUAGAGUACUAUAAAGAUUGAUAAUGUUGAGGUGGAUAUUAAUAAAACAAUUGAGAUUCUUGAGAUUAACAAUUACUCAUAAGUAGAGGUAUUUUUAUCUAAAAGAAUAAUAAUUGAAUGUGAUCAUGAACAUUUAGGUUCAAUAAAAUAUAAUACAGACGUAUUUGAUUAAGUCAAUUUGUUUAGAAUUUAUUUGGUUAAAAAUUUUAUCAAAAUUAAUUCAUGUGAGAUACUAAUAAUCAACUAAGAAGAUGGAACUUUAUUUUAGAAUGAAUCUUGGGGUAAAUAUGGAGUUUAUUAAAAUAUUAAAGUUAGAAUUCAAAUAACAAAAUAAUAAAAAAUCAUAUUUAAUUAAGUAAUUAAAGAAAUAAAAAUCGAUAUUUUCUAACCUGUUGCUAAAUUCAUUCAUUAAUUUAAGAAUGAAUAGAAUAUUGAAGAUGAUAUCAUUAUUUUUAAAUAAUAAUAAAAAUAAAUAAAUCCUGAUAGCAUAUAUAUGAAUUUAAAUCUUUCGUAAGAAUAACCAUGGGAAGCAGAGAUUUAAAAGGAUUUCAUUUUUUAAAUAUAAUUUGAAUAAUAUAAUAAAUAGAUUACUGUAUCUUAAAAUAUAGAAGUAUUUGAUUUGAUAGGCAUAAUGAGAUAGUAAUUUAAAAUAGAAAAUACAAUUCCAUUAAAAUUGGAGUACAAACUUAAUAAAUAAAAAUUAGAUAUAGAUAAUACAAUUAAAUAGGAAUGUGUUCCAACAUGUAGUCAAUUAAUUCUUAUAAAAGAGCCAUCUGAUAAUAAGAUUAAUGUAUUAUUACUUAAUUAAAAAACUCAUAUUAAAUAAUUGGAGAGAGUGGCUAUUAAUUCAAUUUUAGGUGAUUUGGAUGUCUUAAUAAAUUAUGAUAAAAAUACUGAAUGUAUUUAAUAUUAUGUUGGAGAAUAAAUGAAAGAUAAAAAAUAAAAUUUGUAAUAACUUAAUUUGAAAUCAGAAUGUGUAAUUAAGUAUUUGAUAGAGAAUAAAUAAAAAGUGGAAUAAUUUGAAAAAUAGAAAAUAGUUUAAAUUUAAUUAGUUCGUGAACCAAGUGAAGAGAAUUCAUAAAUCAAAGUCAUUUUUGAAAAUAUGUACACUAAGUAAUCAAAAUAAAUUAUGAUUUCAUCUACUUGUUUCAUUAAUGAUGGUUUAUAAUAAGUUCUUUAGAAUGAAAUGAUAAAAGAUACAAGUUAUUAUUAGGUUUAUUUUGAUUAAUAAAAACUUUAUCUUCAAGCAAGAUUCAAUUAAUUUAACAUAAUUUCUAAUUCUAAAUUAUCAUAUUUUACAGAAUUUGUUAUUUUUUCAGCAUUUGUUUAAGGUUAAGAUUUAGAAUUAAUUGUGGAUUAAAAUCUUUCUAUUUUACAAAUUGAAUAAUAAUUUAAAAAAUAGCAUAAAAUUAAUUAAUAACUAUUUCUCAAAAUAGAGAGAUUAUAAGAUAAAAAUUUAUCAUUAAAAUAACUUUUAUAGAAACAUAAAAAUUUCCAAUUUGUAUUUCAAGUUUCAAGUGAUAUAUUUAUUUAAGACAAUUAAAUAAAUUUAUGUAUAUUUCUUAACGAAAUUAAUAGUCAAAUUUAAUUACAGAUGUAAAAUGAUGAAAGAGGUUUGGAUAUUUGUUAAAAAAUAAAAUACAAUUAUAAAUUACCAAGAAAUUAAGUAAUAUAAUUAUAUAUUGGUGAAAGAUUAGUAAAUUAUAAUGAAACAGUUUCUUUAAUUAAAAAUGAAAUCAUUAUAAAGAAUCAUUAAUUGAGAGCUCAAUUUAUAUAUUUCUUAAGUUUGUAAUUUGUAAGUUCAUGUGGUUUAGUAUAAAAGAUAGUUAAGGCACAAUUAGAGGAUACUAUGGAGUAAACAAUAAUUAAUAAUUCAAUAAAUGGGUAUAACUUUAUUUGUAAACAAUAACUCUUAGAUAUCCAAUAAAAAAUAAAAGAAUUGCCUAUAGAAAACAAUGCAAUAAUAAAGUUUCAAUCUAAUUAAAUAAUAUUGAAUUUUUAAAAUGAUCAAACUGGAGAAUAACAUAAAAUAUUAACAUAUUAGGAUGAAAGCUUUGAAAAAAUCAUUAAUAAUUUAGGUGUCAGAAUAAAUCAACUUAUGUAUUAGAAUUAAGUUUUGGAUUUGACAUCAAAGAUCAAGAGUAUAAAUUAUAAUCCUAAUGAAAAUAUAAUAUAUAAUGAAUAACCCAAUUAUCAUGAGCCAUCUGAUGUCAUUUAAUAACCUUAAUAAGUUAAAGUGACUGUAAUAAUAGGAGAUAAGAAUUUAACAUAUUGUGUAAGUCCUAGUAUGUAGCUUAGUCAAUUAAAAAAAGAUGUUCAUAGUAAAAUGUAAAAAAAUCCUGAUGCUCUAUCAAAGUAUGCAUUAAAAUAUUAGGGUUAAUUUAUAGAUGACCAAAAACAACUAUCAUCAUUUGGUAAAGCUAACCUUGAAUUUCAAUAUACACAAUUGUAUCAUUCAUGA